AUGUUUGCCGCCUCCGGCCCCUGCUCCGACCGGCCUGACUUGGCGGAGCCAGCUAGCUUCUUUGAGGCUUUGCAGAUUCUUCGGACCGAAGACCCGUACUAUCUGAGCAUCACAAGCCCUUCCACAGAACAGGUCGACUACUUGAAUGGAGUUAUCAAGGGUUUGCGUCUGCAGCUGGAUGGCGGAGUAGAUGAAGCGACGGGUGACAAGACUGCGUACGAGCUCGCCGUCGCGCUUCUGUGGCACUCCGAUACGUUGCUAAUCGAGGAAGGCGUGCAGCUGAUGGAGUACUUGCUGAAGGAGCGUUGGGACCGUUAUUGGUCUAUGGCGAUCCGCAGUCGACCCAGCGCCGCGGUUGGCGACGACCAAGACGAAUAUGACGAGGAUGUUCGCAGUCAGGUGGUGGAGAGCGUGCCAGACGAGGACGACCGCAACGAUGACGAGUGGGUGGACAUCUUUGGAAGCCCAGCUGAGGGCCAAUGUGCGAACCGCAGUCGUAAUGCAGCAGUGGUGCAUCCCUGUUCUGCACAUUGCACGAGUAUCACAAUGGCCAAGAGCGCCGCACGCUCGGGAACGCAGGUGAUCUUGCGUGGCUCCGCUGUCCAGUUCGCCACGGCCCCGCCACCGCCAGAGAACGAAUGCGGGUCGGUGCCGCCAUCGCUGGUACGUGACCGCGGACAGUCUUCCGCUCUCACGCAGGGCGAGUCUGGCACGACCGUCAGCUCUUCCUGCGCAUGCUCUACUAGUACUGCUGUGAUGGCCAUCACACUGGGCUUGCAGAAGUCGUUGCAUUCGUCCUACACAGGGCCGGACACAGCAAUGUCAAGUACUGACAAGCAUGCUUUGAGUUUUAGUGACCCGCAUUUGCAUUACGAGCGUCUGGCGAAGUGCUACUACAACCUCGCCGUCGGCUACACAAAGAUCCGCAAGAACGAGAAGGCUCUCUUCUACAUUAGCAACAUGCUGCGGCUCAGCCCCUGGAGUGAGGAGGGGCUGUUGCUGCGGCGUCUCCUGUGCGCACGCCUGUACGUGCGACACGUCUUUAUUUUCUCUUUCCCGCUGCUUGCGAUGGGUUUGCUCUUUCUGUAG